AUGGCGAGCCAGUUCACGGGCCUGCAGAUGCGGGUGGUGCUGAGGGAUCCUGCCGAGUAUAUGCUCACGGGCACGGUGAGCGAUGUGCAGGCAGGGAGCAGCCUCACCCUGACAAACGUAUUCAUCGAUGCGACGCGCGAGUGGGUUCCUCACAUUCGAAUCGACGCCUCCAACAUUGCCGAUCUCGAAGAAAUUGGUUGCGAUGGACCGGAUUCGAAGCCGCCAGUCCCAAAAUAUCCGACCCAACAGUCACCCAGUAAACCGCUGGUGCAGCCACCCGCGCAGCCAACCCAGCCCGCCUUUGUUGACCCAGCUAUUCUGAGUCUAGGCAGGCGGCCCAAGUCGAAUACCUUGAGCAGUCAAAAGAACCCACCUGAAAAGCAAGGCGAUGAGACCGACGCAACGGCGCUGCCGGGAGUCCUGUAUGGUAUACACGUGGGGCGGCCCUCGCUCGACUCGGGCGAUGAUGAGAAUACUAUUGUGGCGUCGGUUAAGGAUUUGAAGAUAGAUCCAGUAGUCAUCCUCCCCAAGGAUGUGUCCAUUAGUAAAUCUCGACCCUCCAAGGAGGUAUCAGGUUCCGCACAACAGCAACAGAAGAAGAAGGCACGGCGCCAUCCCAAGGCCCAUAAGGAGCAUCUAGGCGAGGCGCAGGUACCCAUUCAAACCCAAGGACAUGGAAAGGGCUGGCGGCAGACCCCUAUCUUACAGAGCACCGCCUCUUUCCAGCCCUUUAGCUCCCUCAAGCGAAAUGGCAAGGGCGUCAAGAAUCUCAAGGACAAUGGAUGGGCAUCUGAAGAUGUCACCGAGGAGAUGGGAGAGUUCGACUUCGAAAACAACCUGGCCAAGUUUGACAAGCACAAGAUCUUUGAUCAGAUGAGAAAAGAAGAUCAGGUUGACGAUGCGAGCCGCCUUGUAGCACACAACCGCCGGCCUAAGCCCGGAACGGCUGGGGGCAAAAACCUGCACUACUCUGAGAAUGUCCUGGACAUGCCUUCGACCUCGCCGGCGCCAAAUGCCGACUACUGGAACAGCGAGGCGGAUGUUGGGGCUAACGGAUCAGAGAGACUAAGCGGUCGUGAGCCGAAGAAUGGCGGCCAGACUGGCAAGCGGCCCGACAGCAAGACUGGAGGUCGGCGUUCACAGUCACGCAAGGCGAGCACUGCUGCUCCGGUUGGAUCACAGCCCCUUAGUAGGGUCAACUCCAGCCUACGAUAUCAGGCAUCUCGCCGCUCAAGCCCCACGACGGGGCAUCGCAGCACCGACUACGAACAACAACAGCACCAGCCCGGUCUCUACCUCAUUCCUUCAAACCGCCGAGUGGAAACGAUAUCCACGCUUCAGAUGCUCAAUAUUGAGAACAUUGCCGCCAACGAGAUUGGAUUUAGCGAGACCCUGAUGGCGGAAAAUGCGGGCAGGGGCAUCGCCGAGGUGGCAGUUACCGCGCUGUCGGAUCCGGCUAUGAAGGUUCGGUUCGAGAUGGUCGUGGCUGGAGCGUCAAGCGAGGCCACCGUGCGCUCAUCUACGAUUGUGAUUCUUGCCGGUAACAACAAGUCAGGCAUCCGCGCGCUGGCCGCUGGCCGUCACCUACGAAACAAGAACUUUGACGUGGUUGUGUGUCUGGUCGGCAUCGAGCGUGAGCGCGACCUGCUGGAGGAUUUGAGGCGGCAGAUUCAGCUCUACAGAAACUUUGGAGGCAAGGUACUGAGCAAGCACGACUUUUUCGAGUAUCUUCGAAAAGGUUCAGCAGCCCCCAACGGCCUAUCCAUCUCCCUCAUCAUCGAUGCGUUGCUGGGUCUUACCAUGUCGUUUGAAGAGCUGAGAGUGGGUGAUCAAGCGUCAGUGUACGAGCUGAUGGAAUGGGCAAACCGGAACGAGGCCUUUGUGCUGGCGGUCGAUGUUCCUUCGGGGAUUGAUCCGACAAGCGGCAAGGUUGCCAUCAUCGACGGAGGCCACUUGUUCGUCAAACCACGCUACGUUGUCGCUAUAGGAGCACCCAAGAAAGGGCUCCUAGAAGUCGUCACACCCCCUCUCCACGAUGAUCCCUCCCUAUCAACAAGCAUUGCGCAAGAAGAUGAAUGGCGUCUGUUCAUUGUUGAUUUGGGCCUGGGCAGUGCAAUCUGGAGAAAAGCUGGCACCAAGAUACGGAGAGGCAUCGAGUUUGACGGUAAAUGGGUGCUGGAAAUGAAGUACCGCGGAAUCGAGGAGGACGAAGACGAAGACUAA